UGCCACUCGAGUGGAGGAAGAGGGGCGAUGGAAUUGGAUGAUCGCAGCUGCGCGAUGGAGAAAUUGGAGGAAAUCGAGCUCGAUGUCGAGGAAAAGGGAGAAAAGGUUGUGGCUACAAGUCUUCCCUUUUGCAAAGGAUCGCAGGAAGAGAUCAUGGUGGACGAAGAAGUGAUUCCAAAAGCUCCUCGCCGGAGGCUGUCCCGGCAGAGAUCGUGGUCGUCACAGGCGAUUUGCGAGGAGGCGUGGGAGCGGCGGCGCGAUCAGUCGCUCCUGGACGAAUUGCGCGACCUGGAGCUGGAUCCCGCGGGCAAGGAUCGCGCGCUGGGCCGCUCGGCGUCGGAUUGCGGCCAGAAGCCACCUCCAUUGGCGUCAAUCUUGGAGGAAUCCAGCCCCGCCACACCCAGGCUGCGAAGAACACGCACGCGCAGCCUCACGGACGACGAUCUGGAGGAGCUGCGCGGCUGCAUUGAUCUGGGCUUCCGAUUCGAUUGCGAGGAUCCGCGGCUGUGCGAGACGCUCCCGGCGCUGGAGAUUUGCCACGCGCUCCGCCACUUCCAGGAGAAUGGGAGCGAGCCCAGCGGGUCGUCCAGCCCGGUGGAGUGGAAGAUCGCGAGCCCAGGGGAUCAUCCGCAAGUGGUGAAGACGAGGCUGCGGCAUUGGGCGCAGGCUGUGGCGUGCACUGUCCGGCAAUGCUGCUAGAUUUCUUGUGAUGGACUCCAUAGAUGGAUCCAUCGCCAGAGCUCCUUGAUCGUCUCAAAGGAGACUAUGAGCUCUUCCAAGUUGGAACUUCCAAGCUAUAGCUAGUAUAAUGUUAAAGCAAUGGAGCCAAGCUUUUGUGGUC